AUAGAGUUUAAUUAAAAAUCAAUAUAAAAAGUAUUAAGAACAAUAAUAAAAUAAUGAUAAUUUGGUGUUAAACAUUUGUAAAUGAUUGAGAUUGUAAAGUAUAGAUAUAUAAAUAAAAAGAGAGAUUAUAAUAUGAUGAGAGAAAUAAGAGAGAUGACUAGAGAAUCAGUUAUAGAGGAUAUAGAAGAAAGGAUAGGCAUAAAUAAUUAAUGAAUUUAAAAAAAAGAAAGAGUGUAAAUGAAUGUGUUGUUGAAUGUUUGUAAGUAAAUAGAAAUGAAUUUGAUAAAGAAAGGGAUAACGAGUAUUUUUUAAUUGAAAAA